AGAAAAAAAAAAAAAAGAGGGAGAAAAGUCAAGGAAGACAGCUUCGUUCUCUUUUCUUCUCUGGUCAUUUUCCUCAGCAAUCAACUCCACUGAAAUACAUAAUUUACAUAUACAUGUAUUUGUUUUUGUAUUUCCAAUUGCAUUUGUAUAUACCCCAUUACCCCACCUUCAUUUACCAGAAGACCCAGAGUGCAUAGAUAGAGACACUACUAUAGAGGGAGAGAGGAGCUACUCUCAAGAUUUGCAAAGUUUUGUUUAUUAACUAGAAACAAGGAAAAGAAAUCUGAAUACCCUUUGUUUUAGAAAGAUAGAAUUGCGAUGAAGAAAGGAGCUUUAGCCCCAAAUCUCAAGCUCUCUCUCCCUCCUCCUGAUGAAGAUAGCCUCUCCAAAUUCCUGACUGAAUCAGGAACAUUUAAGGAUGGGGAUCUGCUGGUGAACAAAGAUGGAGUUCGAAUUGUUUCCCAAAAACAAGUUGAACCUUCCUCAGUUAUACGGCCGUCAGAUAAUCAGUUAUGCUUAGCGGACUUUGAAUCUAUUAAAGUUAUUGGAAAGGGAAAUGGUGGGGUUGUGCGACUGGUUCAACACAAGUGGACAGCCCAAUUUUUUGCUCUCAAGGUUAUUCAAAUGAAUAUAGACGAGUCUAUUCGCAGGCAUAUUGCACAGGAACUGAGAAUUAAUCAGUCAUCACAAUGCCCUUAUGUUGUUGUAUGUUACCAAUCCUUUUUCGAUAACGGUGCCAUCUCCAUAAUCCUGGAGUACAUGGAUGGUGGAUCUCUUGCAGAUUUCUUGAAAUUAGUCAAAAGAAUUCCAGAACCUUAUCUUGCUGCUAUCUGCAAGCAGGUACUCAAGGGCUUGUGGUAUCUUCAUCAUGAAAAGCAUAUCAUUCACAGGGACUUGAAGCCUUCGAAUUUGCUAAUGAAUCACAGGGGUGAUGUUAAGAUAACCGAUUUCGGCGUGAGUGUGGUACUAGCGAGCACAUCUGGAGCGGCUAAUACCUUUGUUGGAACCUACAAUUAUAUGUCGCCAGAGAGAAUUGCUGGAAGCAGCCAUGGCUAUAGCAGUGACAUCUGGAGCCUCGGUUUGGUUUUACUUGAGUGUGCAACAGGUGAUUUCCCAUAUUGCCCACCACAGCCAGAGGAAGGAUGGACUAAUGUUUAUGAACUCAUGGAAACUAUAGUUGAUCAACCAGAGCCUUGUGCACCGUCUGAUCAAUUUUCUCCACAGUUCUGCUCAUUUAUCUCUUCAUGUGUGCAGAAGGACCCGAAGAAGAGACUGUCAGCGAAUGAAUUAAUGAGACACCCUUUCAUCACUAUGUACGACAAUCUGGAUAUCGAUCUUGCAGCUUACUUUACAGCUGUAGGACCUCGACUUGCAGCAUUUUGAUCUAUAUAUAAUUGUAUCUUGUGUCAUAUAUAGGUAUCUUCCCAUCUUUUACUUGAAUCUCGAAGUACUCAUAAAGCGAUGCUUGUCUUCAAUAUUUGUUUGAACCGCCAAGCCUAUACAGAAGCUCGUGAAGUGUCUCCCGGCCGCCACUGAGCAUUUCGUGCCUCCAAUAGUAACUCAUCAUCUACAACUGGAUGCAUAAAUAAAGAGGUUUUAAUUUGGUGAAUAUCUUUGUUGCAUGAACAUCGAGUGAGAUGAAUUUAGAAGAGAACAAUGGGAAGUAAUUGUGUUGACUCGUGCUAGACAGAUGUAUGUACUAUGUAGACACCCAUUUGGAAUAAUUUUUUUUUUUUUUUUUUUUUCGGUCCCCUGUAUGUUUAUUUGUAAUUUAUGUUCUAAGUUCUAACUGCCUGUUAAAGGCAAGCUGUCUACUUAUUUGCAAGUGCAAUUAGUUGCUUUUAUUUCAAUUGUGGUCUUAAGCUCUCAGUU